GUGUCUCCGGAGGGAUCCGUGGGCAGUGCUCACAGGCCGAUAUGGAGGGGCUGGUCCUCCUCAAUGCCCUGGGCACCCGACUGCUGUUCGUGCUGCACUCCCUGGUCGGGGUCUGGCGAGUGACCGAGGUGAAAAAGGAGCCGCGGUUCUGGCUGCUUGCGCUGCUCAACCUCUUGCUUCUUCUGGAGACUGUGCUCACCCUCAAGUUCAAGCGUGGCCGAGGCUACAAAUGGUUUUCACCAGCCAUAUUUUUAUAUCUGAUUAGCAUCAUGCCAUCAUUGUGGCUUCUUGAAGUGCAUCAUGGGACUCAGUAUUGCAGUGUGCCAUCUGAAGAAAUGUCACAGAAUACUAGCAGAAAAGAGGACAUCAAUUACACUGAGGUAUCCAGUGAACAAACCAAUGGAGCAGAUUAUCUCAUUGAGUCGGCCCGAGUUUUUGUAAAUAACUUAUCUGCAGUAUGUGAGAAAGUUUGGACUUUGGGACUCCAUCAGACAUUCCUACUACUGCUAAUAAUUGGAAGAUGGCUACUACCCAUUGGGGGAGAGAUCACUCGAGACCAACUCUCACAGCUUCUCCUUAUGUUUGUGGGGACAGCUGCUGACAUUCUGGAAUUCACAAGUGAGACCUUGGAAAUACAAAGUGUGAGAAGUAACCCUGCACUAGUCUAUGCCAUUCUAAUUUUAUGGACUUGGAGCAUGCUGCAGUUUCCACUUGACCUGGCAGUGCAGAAUGUCGUGUGCUCCUCAUCAGUGCUAGCCCGGGGAUUUCCCAGCCUGUUCUUCUGCCAGUACAGUGCAGACCUGUGGAACAUUGGAAUCAGCGUCUUUAUCCAAGAUGGUCCCUUCCUAAUCUUGCGCCUCAUCCUGAUGACCUGCUUCAAUGUGACCAACCAGAUGCUGGUCUUCUUUGCUGCCAAGAAUUUCCUCGUGGUGGUGCUGCAUCUCUACCGCUUGGUGGUGCUGGCUUUGGGAGCACGUGCUUCCUUGCGAAGUCAUUCAAAAAGCUCCAAAGGAGAGCCUGUGUGCCAAGGUCAGCACUCUGAGAGUGGGCCCUCCCUGGAGGUCUGGCAGGGAGAGGCUAAGGAGGACCUGGUUAUUGCUUUGCAGGCCUCACCUGCCGCCUCCGAUUCCCACUCCACACCCUAGUAAUUUACUGCCAGCACUACAGCAACUGGGACAUGUGGCUUUCUGGUUCCUCUUAGAGGCAGGUUCUCCCUCUGUUUUUUCCCCUCCCUUCUUUGGCAUAUAAUGAUUCUCAAAGGAACAACAUGAAAAGGCGAUGUUCAAUCAAAGCUCAGAAAUUUUCUUUUUUCAACUGGAAGGCGCUUUGAUUAGUGACUUUUACUACAACUUUGUGUGAGAUGGUAUCAGAUGUUAUAGUUGUUGAACAACUAAAAUGAUUUGCUUGUAGUGAACUGUUUGAAAAGCCAUGGACAAGGUUAUAGUGAUAUGCCCUGGAAAGAUUUAGUGCAGACAACUGUCACAGCUGUGACCUGCAAAUGCAGACGCUUUGAACUUUGGCUCCAUUGUCAGACUAUCUAUUCUGAUCUUUUCUGCAAUGUGCUCUAACAUCAAAAAUGUACAUUUAGUGAAUGCAGAACAAAUGAAGGGAAAAGUGCCUUGAAAAUUACCUCACUGUGGGCUGUAAGCAGUGACAAAUCUCUGCCCAGCUAUCAUACCAGAUAAAGUCCCAUUCAUCCCCGGGAAGGCCUUCCCAGGAAAAUCUUUUUUUCUGGGUUGAUGUGGUUUUCUGGCAUGGCACAUGUGCUCUUCUAGGAACUUUCUUGCUUUUGGCUUGGGUGCUACAAAGUUCACAGCAAGCCAUUUCAAUCAUGUAUCCAUUGGUGGAAAGACAGGAAAUACUGGUAAAAAACAAGCAAAGACGUGAUUUGCAGAGUUCGUCGGUGUUUUUCUGAAUUCCAUUUUACCAUUUUCUGUACUGCCAAGUUGAAUCCUAUGAGCCGAUGCUGAGAAGUUAGAAGCAGCGAAUAAAGGGGCUCAGGCCCCUGUCAAUGUUACCAUGGUUUCUGGUGUUUGCCAGCAGCAACAGCCAUAACUGCAGCUCCUCUCACCUGCCACCACUGGAGAUGGCCUUUGGUCUCAGGGAAUAUGACCACGGAUGACCGCAACCACCCCGCCUACAGCCAACAGCCCUCCUAUCGUGGCAAUCAAGGCAAUCCACUUCGUCUCCUUGCAUGACGACUUCAGUUCCCAGCACUGGGAGAGCCAUGUAUAUCCAUUACACACCUCUAUCCUUUUCCGAUGGAAGUGAUUGAGAAACUUUUAAAGUGAUUUUUGCUUUGAAAGGUAUUGUGUAAAACUUCACAUGGAUGUAUAGCAAUAAUUAUAGGAGACAAACAAUUCCAAAACUGUUCUUUUAGGCUUCAAAACACACGUAUUUCUUCCUCUGUGAGUAUGCUCAGAUCAUUUAAGGUAGCGUAGGCCCUUAAUUGGGUGUAACCUAAUGACAACCAAUUGGGACAAUUUUAUCUAUAGAUCUGUGUGACAUGAUAUCCAUUCAAAACGUUCAAUAAAACGUUUUAUA